CCGACCUGCACCACUUCAUCAGCGCCGCGUAACCAACUCAACGGCCUUGAUGAAACCACAGGACGAUGGAGAGCGCUUCUUUUCGUCUUUUCCUUAGUGGCUGUGCUGAUAUUCAGAGAUAAGGUGCUCAGACUGCCUCACCUAUGUUGUGCCCGCCAUGGCUGCUACGGCCAACGUGAGCGCUCUAUUAGAAAAGCUAAUUGAGGCCGUCGCAAAGGCUGACGCAAAGGACAUACCACGCUUUGCUGCCCUCAAGCGUCGUGCCGAGGACACAGUCAAAGCUGGUGCUCAUGGCCGUACAGAUCAGUUUGCGGUUGCCAACCACCUGGAUGGACUGCAGGAGAAAUUCCAAGUCUUCAACAAAGACGAGCUUGCAGAUGCACUUCGCUCCAGGUUGCUAGAGCUCAAUGAGCACCGUAGCUCCUGGGCCCCGGAAUUUCUUUCUCUGCUGCUGGAACUUGCAGAUCGUCCGGCUCAGUAUUCACGACUGGAUCGAAUCCCAAAGCCGAAACUCCAAGAGGAGGCCGCACCGCUCACUUGGUCUGACUUCGAUGCAGCCGGGUCAGCAUUUUGCGAAGAGGAUAUCUGGGAAGCUGUAGACUACGGAGCCGAUUCUUCCGAUGAGGAGAUCGCAUCUGUUUCCCUGUCAACUGACACCCACCGCUCGCGGCCACCCCAGAUUUCUAUAGCUCCAGAAAAAGAUUAUGUGAUUCCAGAUGCUGCAUUGACAUCUGGUGAUGACGAAGAACUGGUAAAGUCGAUAAAGCAGGCACAAUUCUGGACAAGAAAUAGCCAGUUUGGUGGGGAUCACGAAGUAAUAUCUUCUUGCGCCUUGACGGAACUUGAGGUUAUUCGGGAGACAAUCUUCAUGCUACAAGGCCUGCCUACGUCUAUGUUUCGACGAUUUAAUGGCAAUGUUGAAGUAGAUCAGAACUACAAUAUUGCGCAUUUGUCGAGAGAAACUUUCUCCUCGGUUCUACGAUCCCUGAGUUCAGUCGGAACUCAAGUCGACAUUCUCAGACUGUUCGUCAGGAUGCCACAAACUAUUCCUUCUAUGCAAACCUUCCAGCGGGGGCUGGAAGGCUGUCUGAGUAAUUAUGACAUGUUUCUUUCAAAAGCACAACACCAAUACCUUUCUCCAACGUCAACCGCCUCUGUCAGUCUGCUGCAGCUCUCUGAAGAUGUGUGCCGUGAGACUAGGCUUCUCCUGUUACUGUCAGACCUAGUCUCGAAGCUUGAGACAACGUCAGUGAAUGCUUCCGUUCAAUGUCUCAAUCGUCUGUACGAUGUAGUAUGCUUGACUCAAGCGACAGGUGACGAUGAUGGGUUCGCGGUCCUUGCUGAUCUGUUCUUUUCAUGUCUGGAAACAUAUGCCCGACCUAUUCGUCUCUGGCUAGAAAACGGCAAACUAGAAGAGGCAGCCAAUCACGGGUUUUUCGUUCACCACCAGCAGAAGAAUGGUGACCUGCGAACGCUCUGGCAUGACUGGUAUACCCUCGAUGCGCUUUCGAACAUCUCCUCUGUGCCCCAAUUCAUCCAACCCAUCAUGCAGAAAGUUCUCAUUGCCGGCAAGAGCAUGGUAUUCUUGCGGCACUUGAAUAUGAGUCCGGGUGAUGAGGACCGCAGAAAAACAUCCGUGACGAUAGAAGACGUGUGCCCUCCAGAAUCCCCUUCAUCUUACCUUCCUUUUUCUGUUUUGCUCGAGUCUGCCCUCCAAAGGAUGGUGGAGGAAAACUACAAUGCUACAUCUGCGUUACUGAGACGCAAGUUUGACAAACAGUGUGGAUUGUGGGAAUCGCUUCAGGCUCUGGAGUACAUCUACCUCUGCCGAGACAUGAGCAUGUCUGGCAUAAUCGACAGUAAAAUAUUCGACCUGAUCGAUAGAGGGAAAGCGGCAUGGAGCGAUCGAUAUCUCCUUACAGAACUGGCACAGAGUAUUCUUGGUUCGAUGCCCUUUAUUGACCCGUCACGACUCAUUGUACGAUCCUCGACGGAUGGACUAAACAGCGAGAAGAGCAGCAGCCGAUCGAUGAACAUGCUUAAUGCAAUUUCAUUUGAUUAUAUUCUACCGUGGCCUGUUGCAAACAUAAUCCCGAAAUCCGCGAUCUAUGAUUACCAGCGAAUUUCCAGAUUUCUGAUGCAAAUUCGCAGAGCGAAGCAUGCACUUGUGAAACAGCGCUUACAGCAUAGCAAUAUCCAUGACAAGUUACAAGAUACGAGAAACAAUACGCUAAGCUAUGCGCUGCGACACAACAUGCUCUGGUUUCUCAACGCCAUCUACAGUCACAUGACAGACUUCGUCAUUUCAGCAGCGACCGCGUCGUUACGCAAGGACUUAUCUGCCGCCAGUGACAUUGAUGGUAUGGUCGAGGCCCACUAUAAAUUUAUGAUGUCACUUAAAGAACAAUGCCUGCUAUCGGACAAUCUUGAAAUGAUCCACCAAGCCAUUGUCUCUAUCCUCGACCUUUGUGUCCGUUUUUCAGAGGUUCAGGCCACGCGCUACGGAAGCGACCAGUCUCAAUUCGGGAGGACUUUGAGAAAUACAUACAGUCGCAAUCAUCCAGCUGUGGACCGCAAGACCCGCAUACAUAGUCUUGACGUCGAUGAUGACUUUAGCGACGAGGGUGACGACGACUUCGAUACCAAUGAUAAUGAAUCCGCUGACUCCUUCCAUGAGUCGAACUAUCUACAACAAAUAAAAGAGAUCAAAGACCAGUUCGAACAGUUAGUUGCGUCUGUGGCGGCUCGUCUGAAAGGUAUAGGACGUUUUGACGGUCCACUGAGCUGGGAUAUGCUGGCUGAGAAACUUGAAUGGAGGAAGGCGGGACAGGUCAUGAUCUCAGGACCGCUGCCAGCCUUUUAA